UAGCGGGAAGCAGAACGAAAGGCAAGCAGACGAGACAAAGGAAGGGCAGGUAAGCAAGCGCCAGGGAUUCCAUCUCUUCUCAAUUCUCUCCCGCGAAAGAUUUCCAUUGACAAAGAAAUUGCUGUCUCGCAUCACCAUCACCAUGGAUCCCAAGCCUUCACCAACUCCACAAAAUUCCAAUCAAACCCCUAACGAACCGAGACAAAGAGACUUUUUGAAUCAUUUAGAGGUUUACCUUGCAAAACGAGAUGGGGUUGACAAGCUCCUCAAGAUCUCACGUUACGCAACCAAGAUCAUCUUAGCUUCAUCCCUCCUCCCGGAAACCUUAAUCUUAACGAAACGACUCAAGAGUUUCGAGUCAAGUGUUGGCCUCAGUCGCAAGGCAUUUCGACUUGGGAAAUUUGUUCAAGAUGUCAACGCAUUGAGGGACUGUCCUUUUGAUACAAAACAAGAAACCAUACUCUCAAUCUUUGCAUAUGGAGGUGAGGGUUUGUAUUAUUUUGUUGAGCAGUUUGUUUGGUUGGCUAAAUCGGGUUUGAUUGAUAGCAAACACUCCAAAAGUUUAGGAAAAGUUAGUGCGUGGGCGGAGUUUGUUGGGUAUAUUGGGAGUAUUUCUUUGAAAUUUAGAGAUUUGAAGAAAUUGAGUGAAGAAGAGGUCUGUCUGGAAUCGAGCAUUGCAGUUACAGUUACGAGAGGAGUUCGGUGUCAAGAGGGAGAGAGGAGGUUGUGGAAGCUGAGAGAGAAGAAGUUGAUGAAGAAAUUAUCUAUUGUGCAGGAUUUUGCUGAUGGGUUAAUGGCCUUGGCUGAUAUCCGUGACGGCAGAGGGCGAUUUUCAGGGCCGCUUUUGAUGUCUUGUGCUGGGCUUUUAUCUGCUCUGAUUAGUACUCGUAAGAAUUGGGUCUCUUGCUGAGAUUGACAAUUGCCGCGGAAGCCCUCAGGUACCUCUCUUCUAUUCAACUGUUAUUCCGGCCAGAAUGAUAAACAUCUGGCAUCUUUGAACUCCUUAGGUUGUUAUCUUGCAGACAGAGAUAAGAUAUUGUAACAGUUGCAAUAGCAUCUGCUCCCCUCUAAGAGGCGGUGUAAAGUUUGCCAAUUAUUUGUCAACAAAUUUAACAGAGAGAGUAUGCACCCAUCGUAGAUAACAAAAGAAACGAACCCUGAGCAGAAGAAACAGAAGAAGAGAGAUGAAAAAAAAAGCAAAAUCCCGCCACAAGUUCUAGUACUAGGAAACCAUUCAUUAAGGUUGUCUUAAAAAAUGAGAAAUAUAAAAGAAUUUUGUGCAGUAAUUGCAUCCUCCACAAGUUCAAAAAGGAGAAGGGAACAACUGGCAGAUAAAAGAAGCCAUGAGAGAUUUCAAUGCCUGGCAUCGAAAUCAGGGGCUCCUACUUGCUUAGACUUGGAAAAGUUUCAGCCCACCUGAGUUCGACCCAUACGAUUGUUGCAGAGAUUUUUUCUUGGAGAUGUAUCUCUAGCUUCCCACUGUAAUCAACUCAAUGGCAAGUCUUUAUCCUUCACGUUUUCUUGCUCUGGCUAAACCGUAUCGAGGCCCAUGCCCAUCCAUUAAGAAGUGAAAUCAAAUCUCUGGCUGUUUUCCUCCAGUUUAUGUACCACAUUCCUCCCAAUAACAGAAUCAAGACAAUCAAGCACGAGACUCUUGAGAUUCUUCAUACACCUGUGAGCAGCAAGGUUAAUUUAAUCUCUCAAUGGCAUAUCAAAAAGAAGAAGAAGAAACCGGAGAAGUCAAUUUUGAAACUGCUCCACAGGGAUCACGACAAGCAACUCUUAACAUGUAUUCAUAAAUUAAGCGCGCGCGCACGGAAGAGAAGAAGACGAAGCAUGCAUGCCUUUCAGAUGAAAACAAGAGCUGGUAAUAACAAUAAAACGAACAGGAUUUUGGAUUAGGAAUGUUGGGCUCACUUACAUGCAAAUGUCACGACUAGACAGCAUCUUUUUGUAGCGUGGGCAUCUGCUUCAACAUGGACGUGGAUUUUGCUCUUUUUGAGGGUUCUAUCUUAGCUAACAGCUCUGUAUACACUUGGAACCGCACCAGAACAAGGAAAAACAAACACACGCUUGGCAAUCAUUAACAUGAAAACAUGUUACAUCAUUCAUCAAAAUGUUAUAUCAUUUUAUUAUUAAUUUCA